UUUUUAUUUUUACAAAUUCAAAUUAAAUUAAGAACAUUUAUACAAAUCGGCGAAAAAAGCAAAAUAAUACAAUUUGUGCGUAUAUAAAACUAGAAGUCAACAGUAUUUUUGUGUGAUUUAGAAAUUUUAUGGAUUAUGUCUAUUGUGGCGCCGAACCGCCAGAGGACAUCUUAAAUGUCUACGAUGGCGGCGGCCAAAGCGCCACGGGUCACUUUUCACCAAAUUUUAAUGGUUUUAAUAUUAGCUCCGGGGACCCAGGCUACAUGGAACUCGUUCCCAUUUUAGCAGAUGGAGGCGAAAAUUUUGGUGUAUCAGCAUUAGCAUUUGAUGAUUAUGAGGAGCUGCUAUGGAUGGGAAAUCAAGGGGGCCACGUCACAUCAUAUUACAGUGGCACCAUGCAAAAGUACACCUCUUUCCAGGUACAUGCAAGUGAUAUUGUUCGUCAAAUCAUAACAACAGAUAGUGGCAUUUUGGUACUGACACAAACAUCAUUGAGGCAUCAAAUACGUCGUGGUAUACCAAAAUUUACGCACCGCUCGAAAAAUAUGACGGAAAUGGUGUGUAUGCAGCAGUUAACACCAAGUCGGCUUGUCAUGGCAGGUCUACAAGAUGUUAUGAUCGAGUUUGAUUUGAGCACUUUGAAAGAAACGAAAGUUGAUCCUGUCGGCUCAACAGGUUGUACGGUGCUACGCAAAAAUUCUCGCUAUCUCUUCGCUGGUGAUCCAUUCGGUAUUGUGACUUUGCGAGACUUAAAUACACUCCAUAUUGAGCACACAAUCAAAACUCAUACCGGAAGCUUAUCCGACUUUGAUGUACAGGGCAACUAUCUAAUCUCAUGUGGUUAUAGCGAGCGACAAGGCACUUUGUCUGCCGAUCGGUUCCUCAUGGUGUAUGAUCUACGUAUGUUGCGUUCUAUAUCGCCAAUACAAGUACUGAUUGAUCCACAACUUCUAAAAUUCUUACCGUCGCAAACUUCACGUUUGGCUGUAGUCUCGAGUUAUGGUCAGAUACAGUUAGUAGACACCGUUGAGUUAAGCGAACCACGAGUAUCAAUGUAUCAAGUCAACACAACUGGUAGCCAGUGUUUGAGCUUCGACAUAUGCUCCUCAUCUCAAGCGAUGGCUUUUGGUGCACAAUCAGGGCAUAUUAGUGUUAUCGCUUCCGUUAACACUCCACAACCACAAUUCAAUGCCUUUUCACGAAACACUGAGUUUGCUGAUCCUGUGCCACAAUUGCCUUUCACGCCCAUUACAGACACCACAUUUCCGCUCUCAUCUAUUCCCUUACCAUAUUUGGUGACGGGACCACGAUGGUUUUCCGAUUGGCCCCAACAAUUGUUACUUUAUCAAUAUCGACGUCCAAAACCAAUUGAAGCCGAUGUGCUCAAUAAUAUGAAAAUGCAAGGUCCAAUUGGUUAUUCUCCAAAUCCGCGUACUGCACGACGCAACCAAAUACCAUACAUAUUAGAUACAUCCAGUAGUUUGGCAACAAAUAGCAAUGGAAAUACAAGUAUGGUGAAAACGACAGAGAGUGGUGCGAAAAUCAUACCGCGACGCUAUCGCAAAGUUGAAUUAAAAUAUACAAAACUAGGUACACAAGAUUUCGAUUUCGAGCAACACAAUCAAACAUGUUUUGCAGGACUUGAGGCUACACUUCCAAAUUCAUAUUGUAAUUCCAUGCUUCAGAUUUUAUAUUUUAUUGAGCCGCUGCGUCAAAAGCUAAUCGACCAUUCUUGUAAAAAGGAAUUUUGUUUGUCCUGUGAACUCGGUUUUCUCUUCAAUAUGUUGGACAAAAGUUCAGCUGCAUCGCCAUGCCAAGCAAGUAACUUUCUUCGUUCAUUUCGUACAGUGCCUGAAGCUUCAGCAUUGGGUCUUAUACUGUCGGAUCGAUCGUCAAAUGUUAAUUUAAUUAGUCUUAUACAGAAUUGGAAUCGGUUCAUUUUACAUCAGAUGCAUUAUGAAAUGGUGGACUCAGAGAAAAAAAGCCGCCUGAAUAGCGCAACCAGCACGAGCAGCUCUGAAGAAAAUUCGGCUAGCAAUGACAAACCUUCCACAGGCGAUAUAUUUCAAACAAUCGAUAUGAAGGAUAAUGAUGAUCGAGAACGAAGUAAAAUAAACGAAGAGUCAGAAAUUAGUCGGUUAUUUGGUACUAAGCAGGAUUGCAUAAAUCGAUGUUUGAAAUGCAAUGAAGAGAAAUCAAAGCAAAGUAUAUUACUAGCAUGUAAUCUUACGUAUCCAUUUCAAGUGAAGGAGGCCGACCAAUUUAAUUUCGGUUCUAUUCUUAAAUGCUCACUUAGUAUGGAAAAACACAUUCAAGCUUUUUGUGAAAGUUGUAGAAAAUUCUUUCCAACCAAACAAAGUGUAAAGGUUACCUGUCUUCCACAAAUAUUGGCAAUCAAUUGCGGUUUAAAUAAUGAAAAAGACUUGCAAUUCCUUCGAAGGCAGUUGAAUCGUCAUUUAAUAACUCCUACCGAAAGUCCAGUAAUAUUAAACACAACCAAGCCAUGUCGGUAUGGUAACAAUUGCUCACGAGGUGAUUGCCAUUUUGUACACCCGGAUAGGAAAUCACCCACAGCCAAUAGCUCAAUGACUCAAACAAACAUGUCUCCAAAAAGUCAGAAUUCGUGGUUCCCUUUAAGCUUUUCGAUGUCGAUCAGCGAACAAGGUGAACUUAGUGUUCAGACCGAGCAUAGUAAUACGAAAGCUGAAGAGCAUAGUUUUACUGAGAACAAAGAAAAUCGAAGAAGCAAUAAUGAGGUAAACACUGCGGGGAGCGAAAGCAAUGAGACAGAGAAACCGCAAAGCACAAAUGCUGCUUCCAACGGUUCAUAUAGGGAGUAUGCACUGCACGCAGUGGUAUGUCAAAUCGACGACGGCUGUCAGAAAAAUUUGGUCUCGCUGAUUAAUGUAAGUAAAAACUAUCAUUCGAUAAAACUGGCAGCAAGUGGCAACAGUGCUGAUGAGCAACAACAGUGGUACAUUUUCAAUGAUUUCAGCAUUUCACCCGUUUCGAUUCAAGAGUCUGUUUGGUUUACACUUGAUUGGAAAGUGCCGUGUGUACUUUUUUACAGCAGCAUAAACACGGAAGUGUCAACAAAUGAAGCUGCUAAAAGUGAUAUUCCAACCAACAGUGCGGAAUCGGAUCUGCCUCAACAUAACCCAUUUCUACAAGAUAUAUCAAAUCCUGUACAGCUAGCGUCAGCGCCAGCGUCAAGCAGCAUGGGCGAAGUUAUAUAUAAGCCAUUGCAAAUGAAUGAAAUGCCACAGGCAGGUGAUUUGGUCGCUAUGGAUGCUGAAUUUGUCACAUUGAAUCCCGAAGAGAACGAAAUACGUCCGGAUGGCAAAACAGCAACCAUAAAACCAUGUCACAUGAGUGUGGCGCGUAUUUCAUGUAUACGCGGCCAAGGUCCCGAUGAGGGUGUACCUUUCAUGGACGAUUACAUAUCAACUCAAGAGAAAGUUGUCGAUUAUCUAACUCAAUUUUCGGGCAUAAAGCCGGGUGAUUUGGAUGCGAACUUUAGCAGUAAACGUCUGACGGCGCUUAAGAAUUCAUAUCAAAAGUUGAAAUUUUUAGUGGAUGUUGGUGUCAUAUUUGUUGGACAUGGAUUGAAGAAUGAUUUCAGAGUAAUAAAUAUUUAUGUGCCGUCAGAGCAAAUUAUCGACACCGUACAUCUCUUCCAUCUGCCACACCAUCGCAUGGUAUCACUAAGAUUUCUAGCUUGGCAUUUUUUGGGCAUUAAAAUCCAAUCUGAGACACAUGACUCCGUUGAAGAUGCGCGCACCACCCUGCAACUAUACAAGCAUUACCUGAAAUUAACGGCGGAGAAAAAAUUCACAAGCGCACUGAAAAAUCUCUACGAUCGUGGCAAACAGCUGCAAUGGAAAGUGCUUGAAACCGAAUGAAUACUGAAUACAAAUGCGUGUUAGCGCACGGAAGACUGGUGGCAAUUUUUUUUUUUUUUGGAUGGGAUGGAUGCGUGGAUUGGCUGAUUGUAAUUAUAAGAAUGAAAGCUUUUCAUAGAGGUGGUGUAUAAAGUGCCGUUUAGCUUGUGCGACAGAAUCUGACUCAUUCUUAUUGAAGAUGAAGUGCACAAGCAUAUUAUCUAUACACACACAAAUACACAACGCUAUGUUUGUAAGUUUGUAUACAAUUGCAAAACAUCAGAAAAUCACUGACUACUUAAGAAUACAGCGCAAAAAAGUACAAAACCGACACCGAACCGCGAGAAACAACAAAAGCAAAAAAAAAAAAAAACAAAA